AGAACUAAGGUGUUUGCGCUUGAGCAUUUAGGCCUAUACAUAUUUUUUUCGUUCUUUGGAUUAGUUAAUUCUAUUAAUUUAAAUAUUUUGAUUAUUCAUAUCUUAAUUUUUUAAAUAGAUUCCGUUCUUCUGAUAUGCGAGCCGAUCACUAGUGUUUUCAGCCACCGGUAGCUUGUUGGGUGCUUUAUAUGCGCUACACUCAAUUAUGAUUGCAUGUCUACUUACAUUAAAUAUAUAAUUAUUAAUAUACGUCGGCUGUAUGAUAGCUAGCAAAUUAAUUAGCUAACUAAUGUUAGCCUGCCUAGCUGGAAGGAAAAUGUUUUAUUUCUACAAUUUCCAAAAACUGACCAAACAAAAACAAAUGACUUUUACGAUACGUGUUUGUGCAUUAGUUGCACAAUUUGUAACUUAUUUACAUUCGUCUUUACUUACACUUGUAUGUUGACUUUGAGGUUUUAAAGUUUUUGGCUGCGUUUCAGGUCCCGAAAUGAACAUAAUUGUACACUCGCAAACGCCAUUAAAAACUAGGGCUGAGGGUCUUACGUUGCAAACUUCCAUUGUUUAGCUAAUCAUUUGGACCGACGACAAAAUAUUGCCGCUGGGAUUCCCCCAAAGCAUUAAGGCGGAGGGUAAGUGGACAAGGGUGUGUCUUCAUGAGUUUGAAAACAGCCAAGAUAGCAAGCGCACACAUUUUUUUCAAGAAAUGUACCUUUCUAUUUGGAAAUGUGCGUAAGGAAAGCGAGAGUACUGUACUUGUGUUCUGGCCACUUUGUAGCCUACAGUACCUGACAUUCCGAAGGACUUCAAGUCGUUGAUCAACUAAAAUGACUUGUGGUUGUCAUCGUGAAGAAUACCGGAUCGUUGAAAAACAUUGAUAUUCCUGUAGCCUACUUUGUUACCCCUCUAAACGUAUAGGCAGGCCUAUGUGGAUGUGAGAUAUCUGACGCACAUUUAAAACAUCGAGCGCACAGGUUACCUAAUGGAGAUGGAUUUCCAAAGGCUGCUGUUGCAGGUGGAACAAGCCCUGAGCAGUGAAGAAGUACAAGCACUUGCAUUUCUUUGCAAAGAUCUGCUUGAGAAAGACUGUAGCUCAGUGCCCACAGCAAGUCAACUCUUCUCUCUUCUGAUGGACCAAGAACUGUUAACCCCCGAUCAGCCUUACUUGCUUGCCGAUUUAUUAUGUACCAUCCAGCGCCACAGCUUGAUGCGAGAGCUUGGCCUCAACAACCAGCUUCCAACAACCAGUAGCCUCAUCUCUCCUUAUAGAAAACUGCUGUAUGACCUAUCAGAGAACACCACUGAAGACGAGUUGAGAGAGAUUAAGUUCCUAUUGGUUAACAUACUCCCUCGUAGGAAACUGGAGGGCAACGUGACUACCUUGCAAGUAUUCCUGGAAAUGGAGAAAAUGGAUAUUUUGAGCGUCAUAAAACUAAACAUUGUUGAAAGUAUGUUUGGAAGUGUCUGCCCCAUGUUGAAAACAAGAAUCAACCAGUUUAAAACAAAGCAGGGGCCAGUAACCCCAAAAACAGGGGUGGGAUUGUUAAGACCAAGGUCUUCUUCUGCAUGUCUUCCAGAAAACCAGGCUGUCUCCAUGCUCCCAAUGAGACCUGUGUCAUGUGGACUAUCAGUCGAACAACGUGGACAUUCUGACACGAUGUUCUUGCCCUCUUCGUACUUCUCUUCAGCUUCACAGCCUUCAGCUGAGGUGUCCACUCUGAAUCCAGCUGACACCUCUCUGGAUGUUCGGAGGGUCUCAGAUACAGCGGAUGCAGUACUUUCACAUAGGCUGGGUCUCCUAAGUACCAGUGGGGACAACGAUGCUGCUCUCAGCCAAGAGAAUCAUCGUGUUUCAUCCAUACCCUCACGUGGACACAAUAAGAACUUUGACCCUGCAAAUCGUCAGACAGGAAACACCACAAAAGAGGAAGUGGGAGAAUAUGCUAUGACAGGAAGAAAGAGGGGUUACUGUCUGAUAAUUAACAACUACAACUUCAGAAAUUCUCCAAAACCCCUAAACAAUAGAGAGGGAACACAGGUUGAUGAAAGCAGUUUGGUGAGUGUGUUUGAGUGGCUGGGCUUUGAGACGCAGAUUGAGCCAGACUGCAGCCGGGAGCAGUUACUGUCUCGAGUUGAGGAGCUCCGCAGCCGUGACCACAGCCAGAUGGACUGCCUGGUGUGCUGCGUUCUGAGCCACGGGCUGGAGGGAGGUGUUUAUGGGGUGGACGGGCUGAAGGUCAGAGUUAGGGAGCUCACAGAGCCCUUCUCUGGACUGGAGUGCAGCUCACUGAGGGGGAAGCCCAAGCUGUUCUUUAUCCAGGCCUGUCAGGGCAUCAAGGAACAACAGCCAGUGUUCAUUCAGUCCGAUUGCCCAGGCGCUGAUGGCUCUACUAUCACCAGCUCUAUCUGCACUGAUGCAGUGGUACCCAGAGACUCCAUUCCCUCUGAUGCCGACUUCCUUCUGGGCAUGGCCACUGUCCCUCACUUUGCCUCUUUCAGAGACAUAAGUAAGGGCACUUGGUUCAUCCAGUCAUUGUGCCAGAACCUCAUCAACAUGGUUCCCAGUGGGUAUGACUUGCUGUCCAUCCUGACCAAGGUAAACAAUGAUGUCAGCAGUAAGAGUGAUAACCAUGGCACCAGGAAGCAGAUGCCCCAGCCUGCAUACUCACUCAGGAAGAGGCUGGUCUUUCCCAUCCCAAAACACCCUCCUCCCAGACUACAUGAGCCAUAAAUAUUGGCUUGAGAGCACGAGAGAAUAGGGGUUUAAAUCUGGUCCUUAUACUUUCCCACCAAAUCAGGGACGGAUUCAGACACUGUAUGUGUAGACUCACCAACAAUAUAUACACCCUCUGGGAUCACUCAGGUAGAAGGUGCAGGUUUACAGUUUAUUUUUUAUACCUCGCUCUGUUUUAUUUACACUACCAGUCAAAAGUUUGGACACACCAAGUCAUUCCAGGGUUUUCUUUAUUUUUACUGUUUUCUACAUUGUAGAAUAAUAGUGAAGACAUCAAAACUGUUAAAAUAACAUAUAUGGAAUCAUGUAGUAACCAAAAAAAGUGUUAAACAAAUCAAAAUAUAUUUGAGAUUCUUCAAAGUAGCCACCCUUUUCCUUGAUGACAGCUUUGCACACAUGAGUAGGUGUGUCCAAACUUUUGACAGGUACUGUAUAAAAAAUGAAAUUCAGUAGAAAUAUAUCCAAAAAACUGUAAAUAGAAAAUUGUAGGAAAUGUUUUUAAUGCUUCAAUGUGAAACCUUUUGGCCAAAUUUGAGUUAUAGAUCUGUCAUACUCAUUGAAAGCAAGUCUAUGAAGCAGUAGAUCGGUUCUAUGUGGACUAUUUCUCUACUUUAAAAAAAAUGGUUUACAUCUGUUUUGUACACCAGUUUCAUACACCUGGAAAUACAAUAUUAUUGGUUAUGGAAAAUAUAUUUCACAGCAGUUUAAAUGGUACAAUGAUGCUCUACACUAUACUUGCUUGUUUUGUCACACUGAAAUUAGGCGAACUAUUAGAAUUUUAGCAGCCAGGAAAUGGCAGAGUGAUUUCUGCAUAUUGCAUCUUUAAAUUGUAUUUUUAAAUGGUGUAAAGGAGAGCACUUAUUAUGCAACUUCCUAAAUCAAUAAAGGCAAUUUUCAUUCAA